AAUGCAAUGUUGUUGUGAACUUAUUAUGUCAGUGAACGUUCUAAUAUUUUAGAUUUAGUUUAAUAUUCUAACAUGAUCAGGAGGAUUACUGCACCAAAGAUAUCCUGCACCUUGGUAAGGAGAUGCUACAGCAGCGUUCAAGGGCAAGAAACAGUCAUGAACGUUUUUGAUAGGAAAGCAAAACGAAUUCAAAGAAAUCGUGCAGCUUUGAGGGAAGAUGUAGCCAUUUACGACUAUUUAAAGGAUGAGAUUGCAAGCAGACUUGCAGAUAGGAUUGGAGAUAUUUCGAGACAUUUCCCAUUAGCAUUAGACUUAGGGUGUGGAAGAGGUCACGUAGCAAAGCAAUUAACAAAGGAACAAGUUGGAAAAAUAGUUUUAUUUGAUUCGUCAGAAAAUUUCUUAAACCAAUGUGAUUUGAAAGAUAUCCCAUCCAUAAAAGUUCACGGAGAUGAAGAAUUUCUCCCAUUCAAAGAGUCUACCUUCAAUCUUGUUUUGAGCUCUUUGAGCCUUCAUUGGGUCAAUGAUCUUCCAGGAGUAUUUCAACAAGUUUUAUACAGUCUUAAACCAGAUGGAGCAUUUAUUGGAGCCAUGUUUGCUGGRGAUACACUGUAUCAACUCAGAUCUGCUUUACAGCUUGCAGAAACAGAGAAAGAAGGGGGUUUUGGAGUGCACAUAUCACCAUUUACACAAAUGAGGGACAUUGGAAAUAUACUGUCAAGAGCUGGUUUUAGCUUAACCACUGUGGAUACUGAUGACAUUACAGUAGGAUAUCCUAACAUGUUUGAAUUAAUGAAUGACUUAAAAGGAAUGGGAGAAAACAAUGCAUCAAGAAACCGGAAACAUGUGCUGCAUAGAGAUACAGCAAAAGCAGCAGCUGCAAUAUAUCAAGACAUGUAUGGAUUAGAUGAUGGAACUAUUCCAGCUACAUUUGAAAUCUUGUUUUUCAUUGGUUGGAAGCCUGACAAAUCACAACAACAGCCACUCAGGCCUGGUUCAGCCACGCAUAGCCUCAAAGACCUWGAUAGCUUAGACUCAUUGGAUGAUUCAGACAACAAGAGCAAAUAAGGCAAUAUAACUUCAGUACAAAUAGUGACACAUCUUUGUACAUUAUAUUAUUUAUUUCUGAUUUAAACAAUCAUUAGCUUCUUUUACUGUCUUUGAAUGUAACAGUGCCUUUGAAAAUUGCAAAACACCUGGUGAUGAAGUGAGUGUACAAAGAUUGUGUACAGAUAGCCAUUUGCAAGCUCAUUGGUCAUCCGCAUUGGUCGAAAGGCAUGACUAGUGUGGCUGUGAAGGAGAUGAUUAAGUGACUUAGUGUCAGGGUGCAGCAUAUAGAAUGCAAGACUAUUUUCAAUGAAAAAUAUUACUUUGUAAAAAGAGAAAAAUACUGUGUUUCAUACAGUAUAUAUUUUUUUCAAUGAAUAAUAUAAGAAUAAUAAACUAUGUACACUCUGGUUUAUAAUAUAUAUAAUAUAAAAUAAAACAACUUACAGGUAAUAAUCAAACAGACAGAACAAGUAUUUAUAGCAUUUAGAAUUUAUUCUAUUAAAACUAUGCUAUAUAUAAGACAACCAAAUAUUUGUAAAAUUAUACUGUAUGAUAGG